AUGCCUGUGCCAUACUCGGACAACCUCUACUCGGCAGAUGAUGACUUGAGUGACGCGGACAACAACCAUACUGAGCUCUCUCCUACCGAUGGCUACUUCCACGCGUCCUCGCCGUUUGAUGUAGCGUCACUGCCUCAGCCGGCCACCUCAGAUUACCAGCCGGGGCACCUCAAUGUCCCCAUAGUCCCUAAUGUCAUGGUCGAGGAUCCCACUCUGCGUGAGCAGGACCCGGACGCCAAAGCACGUGAGGCAGCAGAAGAACGCAGGUUAAAUCCGUCCGCCUCUCACCAGAGCUCUCCCCAUGCGGCGCCCGCCCCAUCCUCCUCUCAGCCGUCCAGAGGAUAUCCCUCCUUGCCAAGUCAUCGCCACAGACAAUCUGAAGAAGAGCAGUAUAAUACUCCGACCCCGGGAAGUGGGAAUAUAUACUCCGCCUCGUCCGCAUCACACUCUAGACCUCAAUCUCAUACUCCUCUGAUCCACCACGGCGAAGCCCCUCCAGCAUACUCGCCGUCCAGCCCGACAUCGCCACAUACAGCCGGUGGAUAUCAAACGUUUGGACCAGCAUUCCAGCCUGCCGAUACAAUGGGUAAUCCAGCAGAAGAGCACGCUUCCCUCCUCCACCGUGACCCAGAGUCCAUGGGAGGACCACCCGCGGGUAGCUGGCGACAGCCCUGGUGGUCGAGGGCGAGAGAGGCAUGGAGACGUAGACAACACAGAGAUCUACGGAAAGUGAUUACGGGACUUCUUGGAUUUCUCGUCAUACUGGCCAUUCUUCUUCUUGUGUUAAGUGCGGUUGACUCUGGCAAUCAAAGAAGACCUGGUAUAGAUCCCUCCAAGCCCGGUGACGAUAAUGUCAAGCCGCCUAUAGACGACGAUUUGAGAUGGCAGCCAACCAAGGAGUGUUACAAUAAGCCGUACCGCUUUGUUUCCUUUGGCACCCAGUUCGAGUUCGACCCGACUCAGAAGCUGGUGAUUAUCGAGAGAUCGGAAGACAGGGAUUAUGAAGGGCCUGACGGCUGGUCGCCCCAUGUGACUGGGGAGGUUGUGAUCAAGCCCAUCGAGUUCCCUUACAAGGGCGAGGUGGACAUCGAAGUCCUGACAAACCAUCAUGGUCUCCCCAUUUCCGCCGACGCCGAGCGAAACAGCGGCAGGGUGGAAUUGGUGACCCCAAGGAGGGUCAAGCGAGAUGGCUUGGACCGUCCGCCUUGUAUCCAGAUCCGGAUCACCAUCAGGGUACCGGGCGGCUCGUCUGUCGCGGCAGCAGAUGUUGCCCUUACACAUCUGGACUUGAACAUCCUCGAGGGGCUGAAGCUGAAUGUUGCUGAAGACACGCGACUCACGACGACAGUGGGGAACAUCAGAACGCCUACAACCGAGGAGAAGGACGAGUUGACAAACCCAUCGUACCAGCUCAACUCCCGCGAAAUAUACGUUAGCACCAUGAGCGGCAACAUCGAUGGAUCGUAUCCCCUAUAUGACAGGCUCAAGGUCGAGAGCGUGUCUGGCGAUGUUUCCAUCAAGGUCGAGCCCAAGCCAAUCGACUCUAAGAACCCCAAGCCGGCCGAGCUAUCAGUUUCAACCUUGUCGGGCAACCUCAACGUCAAGGAACCGAUCAAGGCGGCCCUCGCAUCGCCCGACUCCGGGGACUUCCCCUCUCGCGACUACUCAGUGGCCGUCGAGACAAAGUCCGGCGACGUCACUGCUGACCUCGCCUUCACCUCGUACGGCCGCUUCUACUCCAUCUCAGGGAACCUCAACGUCGACCUCUGGCCUCUCCUCCACGACGCCCAGCAGUCCACCAUCAUCGGACCCGAAGUCGCUACCGACACCAAGGGCGGCGACACGACCCUCGACCUCCACGAGCCCCACUGGGCCGCCACCGGAUCCGCCGCCAGACUGCCCGUCUACCCAUCCUCACCCUCCUGGAUAGGCUACCCGCCACUCAUCGGCGGACCCUCCAGCGAGGAGGAAGAGGGAGAGUCCGACUCCAACCAAGCCUCCGGCACCCACGCCGCCCGACCCCUGACGCUCUACUCCUCGCACAGCUCCGUCUCCGGCGACAUCCACCUGCGCUACCCGUCCGCCUGGGAGGGCUACCUCAAGGCCCAAACCGUGUCGGGCAACCAGCGCUUCCACGGCGAGGGGCUCGAGGUGACCCGCAGGGGGAAGCUGCCCAUGGCCAUCCUCGAGGGCUACAAGGGCCACGACGGCCACUCCGACCUCCGCGUCGAGAGCAUCUCGGGCAACCAGGAUUUCGUGGUGGGUGAGAACUGA